UUGGGGGUAUUUUCAUCCAUAUUGUAGAAAUGACAGUGCUGUUUUGUCCAUGUUCCCCCCAUUUUAAGGUACUUCAAUUAUUUGUUGACCGCGCUGACCGUCUGUACUCCCCUGUCUGCAGACGUGUACAGUAAUGACGCUGCAUUUCCUGUAGGCUGGAGCAGAACGUGCUGAGAAGUUUCUGUCCCGUCCAGUCAGUUCUGUUUAAUCUACUGUGGACACCGUUACAGCAGAGUGGAUUUGUGUGGGAUUCUUUAUUUUUACACGUACGAUGCUCAUCGGGUCCAUCGCUUUCCGUGACUUCACUUUCACAUUGCCUGUCCUGUUCAUUCUCAUCAUCCUGUCCCCAAGGCCCAGUCUCAACACUUUGCAUUCUUAGGUGAGUGGAGCGUCUGUGAUAUUCAAUCUGCCCAAUUCAAAUCCCACUUGUUUUUCUAUUUCUAUUUUCUAUUUUUAGUUCAGCCUCCAAGUAGCUUUUAGGGAGCUGGAACGGAAUUAAUCCAAAUCAUAAUGGAAAUCUUGAUAGUUUCACGGCCCUUAGAAGGCUAAAUAUAGUAUUUUGAAAGGAUCUCUGUGUCUGUUGUCAUCUGCUGACCAGCAUUUGUGUUAAAGUAUCUAAAAUAGCUAUUCAGAAUGUGUCGUAGCUUUAUGGCAAUAAAAAGUUCAUGGAGAUUUGAAUCCUUUUGCUGUCAACGCUGUGAGGAUAUCAGUGCAUCUUAUCAUGGAAGUGAAGCAGUUAUCCAAACUCUUGAGUGGCACAGUUAAUUAUUAGCCAGUCGUGAGCUUACCGUUGGCAUGGUAUAGUAGCUUCUUGCCCCUCCCCAGUGCGUGUGAGUACAUGAAUGAAGGUGUUGGUGAUAAUGUCAGGUGUGCCGUGCUAUACCCUUCUUCUCCUCCUGCUGGGGCGGGGGAGUCUCGGACAGAAGUCGGAGCCCCAUGUUGACACUGGGGGUCAGGAGCUGUUCCGGGGUCAAGACCAGUACGCCUUCUCCGUCGUUCUGUCCGCCUCUGAGCGCCAGUGCUUCUGGCAUUUCGCCCAUCAGAGCGGACACUUCUACUUGACUUACAUGGUGCAGUGGGUGACAGGUGUGACGAAUAACAGGUACCUGUCCACGACAGUCAGCUCUCCUCAGGGGUACCUGGUGGCCCUGGCUGAUGACAGCACAGGUCGCAUCAACUUCCAGACACAGGAGACGGGUUUUUACCAGAUGUGCUUAAGCAACAUCCACAACAGAUUUGGAAGAAUGCAGGUGUUCCUCGACUUCGGGGUGCGCUACGAGGGCUUCGAAGAGGCCCGGAAAAACGAAGAUGAGCAGAGUAAAAAUCUGAACGACACCCUGUCCACCAUCGAGGGGAGUGUCAAUAAACUCCAGGGCCACAUCUUCGAGAUUUGGCGGCACUACAACUUUGCACGCAUGCGAAGCGGCGCAGACCACUACCUGCUCCUCUCGAACUCGCGCUACGUGAACUGGUGGUCCGCCGCUCAAAGUGCGGCCAUCGUCACCGCCGGCUACCUGCAACUAUUUCUCCUCAAGAAGCUUUUCUGCACGGACAACAGAAGGCCUCGCUGCUAAGUCCCGUCUCUGGUCCUGGUGUAAUAACCCCAUCCGUACAUGCCAUUAAAGCUUUUUACACCUCUGGAAACAGUUCCAACUGUAUAUAAAAGUGUCAAAUGUUGGUCUGUAGGCUGUACUGUUGAAUGCAUCCUACCUGACAUUUUGAAUGAGUAAAGCUCGAUUCCCUUUCUGUC